GUGCGCGCACACGGAGCUUUGCGCAUCUGGUCGUCAUCAGCAGCAGCAGCUCCUCCUGCUCAGAUGUGACUCAACCAGAGUGGGAAGACAGCUUCUUCUUCUUCUUCUUCUUGAGCUCAGAGGACUUCUUUGAAAAACUUCUUCAAAACGUGUCUCUCUCCGGCAGCAGCAGCAGGACGCGCUGAUUUUUUUCUCUUGUUUUGGCGUUGACGCGCGCCGCCGGAUGGAUUGUGUUUAGGGGUUUGUUGGGGGAAAAAGAAGCCGCUGGCGAGGAGAAAACUUUGCUGAAGUUCGUUUAAGCCCUGCGCGGCUAAUCUGGAUGUGAACAGAACCGAGUUCUGCUCGGAAGACCCGGAGUCUCUCUCUCUCCCUAUCUCCCUCUCUCUCUCUCUCUCUCUCUCUCUCUGUGGCCGGUUUGUGGAGGCGCGGAUCUUGUUGGCUCGCUUGUGAUUCUUCCCUUUCUUCUUCUUAUUACCGCACCGUUUCUUUCUGCCGUUCCCCCACUUUGCGUCAUGACUUCUAGCUAUGCACAUGUAAUGGACAGGCAAGCAUCGCUAUCAAACCGCCUGGAGAGCCCGAUCACGUCUAACCUGGACAACCUGCAAGCCAAAAAGAACUUCUCGGUCAGCCACCUGUUGGAUCUGGAAGAGGCCGGGGAAAUGGUCGGAACCCAGGCGGACGAGAGCAUCGGGGAGGCGGGGAGGAGUAUGCUGGAGUCCCCGGGGCUGACCAGCGGGAGCGACACGACCCAGCAGGAGAAUGAACAGAUGAACACGGAGGAGAAAAAGAAGAGGAAGCAGCGCAGGAACAGGACCACCUUCAACAGCAGCCAGCUCCAGGCUCUGGAGCGAGUGUUCGAGAGGACACACUACCCCGACGCCUUCGUCAGAGAGGACCUGGCCCGCCGCGUCAACCUCACCGAGGCCAGAGUCCAGGUUUGGUUCCAGAACCGGAGAGCUAAGUUUCGCAGGAACGAGCGCGCCAUGCUGGCCAGCAAAAACGCCUCGCUCCUUAAAUCUUACUCCGGAGACGUGACGGCGGUGGAGCAGCCAAUCGUACCGCGCCCUGCACCGCGCCCAAAUGACUACCUGUCCUGGGGCAGCGCCGCCCCCUACAGCCUUUUCCUCGCCCUCAGUCCCGUCGCUCCCCUCUGUCAGCAUGAGCAGGGCGGGCCCAGAUCCUGUGACCCUCCUGACGAGCUGGUAUCCGAUGCCGGAGGGGGGGCCAGUGCGAGUGCCACAGAAAAUGCUGCCCUCAGAGAACAACCGUUGGUUUCUACAGUAGAAGAGACUCGACCAGUGAGCAUCAUGUCUGCUCGUUUGCGCCAUGGCAACCUACCCGCCCACCUGCUCCAACACCAACACGUCCCAGGGCAUGAACAUGGCCAACAGCAUCGCCAACCUGCGGCUCAAAGCCAAGGAGUACAGCUUGAACCAGGUGCCCACGGUCAACUGAGAGGAGGAGAGGCCGGGGGAGCGCUCCGGCCCUGGACCCCCGCCGACGGACCCCGUCUCUGGGUCCAGCAUCAUCUCACACACCCCGGAUCCUGAAGCCUGCUCUUCUCUUUUAACGGAGCAGCCCCGCCUGUGGCGAUACUACACCUAUAUGCAAAAAUUGUUUGGACACCGAGCGCUGGCAGGAUGUUUUUCCAAAGCUGGCAAUUUUUUUAUUUUAUUUUUUUUUAUUCUCCUGAGCAUCACUGAACUCUACUUUUGUACAAAAAAAUAAUAAGAGACACCUAGACUGGAUGCUGUAGCCGACAAAUAUCUGCGUAGUUUUACAAUUUUGUGAUUGUGACUGAAAUGGAAAGAUGGUUUUUAUUAUUUUUUUUUUAUCAGAGAACUUGUUCUCGACGGAGACUCGUGUAAGGACUACGUGGCUUUUCCCUUCGGAUAGAAUGACACCAGAUUUGGGAUCAACAACACUAUUUUUUCAUCAACAAAACCGCGAGGACUUCCUCUGACAUUUAUGCAAUUAAAAAGAGAAAGAUAGAUUUGUUUUUUUCCACAUUUCUUUCCAUGUUAUACCACUGAUGACGAGCAUUUUGAUUUUCAUGUAAUAGUCCAAUAUAAAGGAAAAGGCUAAUGUAUUUUCUGAAUCCAAAAAAACCAUCUCUUAAUAUCCUAUGAUAUCCUUUAUUUGUAACAGAAUAAAAAACUUGUAAAUUAAUAAAAAUGCAUUACAAGCAA